AUGGCUGCUGCUCAGAGGUAUAUUGCAGACAUUAACGGCUUGAUAAGCACCAAAAGUCCACACUUCAGAAUCGUAGUUCGUGUCAUGUCAAUCUGGAAGAUGUACAUGAAGGCAGAUCAGAAAGAAAUAAAGUCACUUGAACUCAUAUUCAUUGAUGCUCAGGGUGUGAAAAUCCAGGCUACCAUCCCUAAAAGCUUUAUGGACAGCUUUAUCAACUACUUCACAGAAGGCUACCUUCGGCAAAUAGCAUGUUUUGAUCAUGCUUUAAACAUUGUUGGUGAUGUUAUUGGACAUAUUAUUGGUGUUAGUGAGGCGAUCAUUGAUGGGGAUAAGAAGAGGAUAUCUGUGGAGCUUGAGGAUGAAAGGGCUGAUAGGUUAAAGAUCACCCUGUGGAAUGGAAAUGCUGAUGCAAUAUCAGCAAUGAUGGAUGAUCAUCCAGUAAUGCCGGUGGUGUUUAUUGUGCAAUAUGUGAAAUGCAAAAAGUGGAACUCAAGAGCUUCAGUCACCCCUAAUAUGUACAAUGGCAGAAUCUUCCCAAAUGACAUGUCUAUGUCUGCAAUUUCUGAAUACAAAAUAAGAUUGGAGGUUAUUGAGGAUAAAGAUGCAAGUGUCCAGCGGAUUUCUAUACUUUCUAACAUAUCUGGAUACAAUACUUAUGAAGAUUUUGUGAAGGAUGCAUCAAUGUUAACUCUGUCUAAAAUAAAGGAGUUAGAGGAGGUAAUGACAUAUUCAGAAACUUUUCUUCAAAAUCUUAUGUCUAUGUUGAGUUUGAUUGGUGCUAUAGGAUGUAGAGACUGCAACAAGAAGGUCGCAGAAAUAGGUAAAGACACUGAUACCAGGUUCGUAGGAUUGCCUAAAAGUAAUCAAUGUGGGAAGGGGAAAAAGGGCACCAGUGAAAUCAAUGGUGAAGGUAUCAAAAAGUUUCUAUGCAACAAACAUGGUCCUGUUUCUGCUGUUACUCAAAAGUUCAAGAUACAGGCAAUUGUUGUUGAUGGAUCAGGCAGUGGUAUAGUAACCUUAUGGGACAGACAAGUUUACAAUUUAAUUAACAAGAAUAAAUCUGAACUCCUUGAAGAGGAACCAGGAGUUUAUUAUCCAAAUAAGCUAGAAGAACUUAAAGGAAAAAAGUGUUUGUUCAAGCUUGAUGUUUCACAUUUUAAUAUAAGGAACAGGGACAGUGAAAUGUCAGUUGCUAGGGUUAUUACAGAUGCUGCAAUUAUAAAACAGUACCUACAAGCUGUAGCUGAAGAUCUGGAAAUAGAUGCAGAAACCAGUAUUGAAUUUGGCCUCAGUAUGACCCAAACAGAUGAUAGUACUGCAAAGACUGCUGUAUCAUGUACUGGUGAUGUUAAUAUCCAGAAUGCUGAUGUUGGAAAUCCUCUGGAAGAUACUGCUGAUAGUCCCCCACCAAAGAAGUCUAAAUCUACUCAGGAUCCUGAGAGUGUCAAAUCCCACCAGAAUAAAUGCGUCAGGAAAAUCUAA